AGACCACUCAAGUCUAUAAGAAAGCUGGCAUGCAUGGCUUGAGCUACAGACUCACUGAGAAACCCAGUGAGGGAAGUGCCAAGUAGCCACAAUGGCCAAGUUUGCUCUGGCUAACCUCUUGAUCCUCCUUGUGAACUUGGGCACUUUGCUCACUUCACUUGCUUGUCCCUAUUGCCCUUACCCAGCUCCGCCAUCUAAACCACCAAAGUAUCCUCCUAAGAUACCACCGGUGCAUCCUCCUCCCAAAGUAAAGCCACCACCAAAGUAUCCUCCAAAGACACCACCGGUGCACCCUCCUCCCAAGGUAAAGCCACCAAAGUAUCCUCCUAAAAUACCACCGGUGCACCCUCCUCCCAAAGUAAAGCCACCAUCAAAGUAUCCUCCUAAGAUACCACCGGUGCACCCUCCUCCCAAAGUAAAGCCACCACCAAAGUGUCCUCCUAAGAUACCACCGGUGCAUCCUCCUCCCACAGUAAAGCCACCCCAUGGCCCUAAACCCCCCAAACCCCACCCACCUAAGCCGCCUGUUGUUCCCAAACCUCCCAUUGUACAUCCCCCGUUUAAACCAAAACCACCCAUUGUACAUCCCCCGUUUAAACCGAAACCACCCAUGGUGCAUCCGCCCUAUACACCGAAACCACCCAUUGUGCAUCCGCCCUUCAUACCGAAACCACCAUAUGUUCCCAAACCACCAAUUGUGCAUCCCCCCUUCAUACCAAAACCACCAUAUGUGCCCAAACCACCAGUUCUGCCACCAACACCACCGGCUCUUCCACCACCAAAGCCUCCAGUGACUCCUCCAAUAAAGCCACCAACUCUUCCACCACCAACUCUUCCACCACCAAAGCCUCCAGUGAUCACUCCUCCAAUAAUGCCACCAACACCACCAACUCUUCCACCACCAAAGCCUCCAGUGACUCCUCCAAUAAAGCCACCAACUCUUCCACCACCAACUCUUCCACCACCAAAGCCUCCAGUGAUCACUCCUCCAAUAAUGCCACCAACACCACCAACUCUUCCACCACCAAAGCCUCCAGUGACUCCUCCAAUAAAGCCACCAACACCACCAACUCUUCCACCACCAAAGCCUCCAGUGAUCACUCCUCCAAUAAUGCCACCAACACCACCAACUCUUCCACCACCAAAGCCUCCAGUGACUCCUCCAAUAAAGCCACCAACACCACCUAUUGUGAACCCUCCACCACCCGAAACACCAUGUCCUCCACCUCCACCUCCACCUCCACCACCAAAACAAGAGACUUGCUCCAUUGACACUCUCAAGCUAGGUGCAUGUGUGGACGUGUUAGGUGGACUGGUCCACAUUGGCAUUGGCAGUAGUGCCAAGGAUGCAUGCUGUCCAGUGCUUCAAGGUCUUCUUGACUUGGAUGCUGCCAUAUGUCUUUGCACCACCAUUAAGGCUAAGCUUCUCAACAUCAGUAUCAUUAUACCCAUUGCUCUUGAGGUCCUUGUUGACUGUGGCAAGACCCCACCUGAAGGGUUCAAGUGUCCCGCUUAAUUAAUCAGGUUGUGUUGAAACAUGCAGAGGGUAACAUGUGUGAGCUUGAAAGUGUAAAGAAUAAUUGCAUGUAGGAUCAUGAAGUGGCUGGAAUGAAGCCUCUAAUUAAUUCAAGAGGAUAUCUUGUGUUUUGUUAUAGUUCUAGAGAAUUUUCUUGUGUUCCUUCCCUUCUCUUUUCAGAGAAUAUCUUAUGUUAAUUUCUUCAACUUGUUGCCUAUCAAAUGUGGGCAUACUUUCUUGAUUGCUUGAUGUUUAAUUCCAUCAAAAUGUGAUGAUCUCCAUCACUUGUGACU